GAGAGGUGGACACAUACACAUCGGAGCUGUAUCCUGUGCAGAACUUGUCGCCAGAUGGUAUGUUCCUGGAAUCCGUGAAGAGCAUCCCCAUGUUAUGGUUCACCCCCACCGCGUGGGCAGGGAAAGUGCUGCCGCACAUGCAAAAUUACGGCACUCAUCACAUCAACACCAUCAGCGCUGGUGGAGAGUUUCGCUAUGCUGCGAUUGUGGAGGCUUCGUACAUAUCUGCGCAUGGAAGCGCCGAGAUGGAUGCAGAGGCGGAUGCUGAUUUCCUCUUCUUCUUCUCCGCCGAUGCCGAGGCCCAUGCAUCGGCCAGCGCAAGCGAGGCUUUCCGCCAGUCGCUCUCCCUGAGGCAGGUGGUUUGCAACGGUGGGAACGGCAAGUGCAACGCAAAUUCCACAGCUACGUAUGAUGCCUGGGUGGAUUCUGUCCACAAGUACCCCUGGGUGCUGAGCGCGCGCUACACUCCGAACUAUGCUCUCGUCCCUACCACAGAGAACGGCAUCGUUCUUGAAGCGGUGACCAUCGCAUAUCUGGCUUGGCAGGGCGUCCAGAAGCUGAUGGAGGAGCUGACUGCGAUUAGGGCAGUCCUCAAGAUGUACGCAGGAUUGGCAGACCCUCUCUGCAGCUUUCAGAAGAUUGGCACGUGCAGCAGUGGCUCAACGUCGUGCACUCAAGCGGGAAGCACCGGAGAUCCCGCGAAAUUGAUUCCCAUCGUUCGGGCGAAUGCCCAGAAGCUGUACAAUCAGACAGAUCCGCUCCACGCUCAGUUUCAGACGACGCUGGGGGCCAGGAAUUCCUCUAUGCAGGUGGAUGGCUGGCUUCCCAAUGCGACGUCCUGGGUCCAAGCUGUCAAGGACAUGGCGGCUGUCGUCUUUUCCAUGCCCACUGUCCUGCAGUGCACUGGCUAUGCAGAUAUGUCUACCGAUCCAAUCUGCCAACUCUUUGGAUGCAAAGACCAUGUCUGCCAGACUGCUCCAGGGGUCAAGUGCGGUGAUUGCGAGGCGAAGGUUGCUGCCUCUUGCGCCUGGGCGUCGGUGCCGAUUCCUAGAAAGCUCCUGUCCCCAUUGUUCGACAGGCCAAUCUACAUAUGA